UCACGGCCACCAAAACCCCGAUGAGGCUUUGGGAACAACCUGGACCACGGGGACCCCGCGGCGGUGACUCAGGGAUGCAGGGGGUUGUGAAACGAGCCUGGGAUAGUUUGGGAGACGCCUCCAACGCAGCCGCCCCGGGGAGCCCGUCAAGGGAACAAGCCACGGCAGCGUCUGGGCUUUGACCCGUCAGGCAGGUUUCCCGGAGCAGCACGCCGAGCCGGAGCGGCUAUCCGGAGCCGGGAAUGCCCCUCUGCCCGCUCGCAGGCUGACGGAGCCCCUCCGGCUCUCUCCUCGCCAUGCAUGCAGCCGGGUUGCUGCUGGCUUGGGCACUGCUGCGUCCCGCUGGUACCCAGCAAUGCCACAACGCCGGCCCCGGGGGUGUCCUCCGCUUCACUGAUACCCACGCUGAGAUUCGGGUGCCGGCGUUGCACCGGGUGCCCAGCUCGCUCGAUCCCCUCUACGGCCUCGUGCGGCGCUGCCUGGACCUCAUCCAGCAGAACCCGCUGCCCACAGAGCUGCUCAGGGCAGCCCUGAACGACCCCAGCUCGGUGCAGACAUCGCAGGUGGUGCAGUAUGAACUGGGCUACGUUGUCUGCGCCGCGGUGGCUCUGCUCUUCACCGUGGCCGUGCCGAUGGCCGGGAUGUGCUUCUGCUACUGCCGGAGCCGGCGGCGGUGCGGGGGCCGCCUCCGUGCCCAUCGGCGCUCACUGGGCUGCCGCAGGCACUGCCUGCUGAGCUGCCUGUCCCUCACCUCCCUCAUCAUCCUGGCCAGCGUCAUCUGUGCCUUUGUCACCAGCCAGAGGGUGAAGGUGCAGAUGGAGCCGGGGCUUGGGGCUGUGCCAAGCACCCUGCGCACGCUGCGGCAGCACAUCGCCAAUGUCCCCCAGGGGGUGCAGAUGGUGGUGGAUCAGUUCGAGGUGCCCCGACAGCAGAUAACCUCCGACCUGGGCGGGCUCAGCCGGAGCGUGGGGCUCUCCAUCCACGCACAACUGAAGGCCAUGACCUACGCGGCGCUGGCGGAGCUACAGGACAGGGCUGGAGACCUACAGACCUCGCUGCACCAUUUACAGAUCCUGGAGCAGACGGCGCGGGCGCUGGCGGCGGCGCGGGAUGAGCUGGACCCGGUGCUGCGGGAGCGCCGGCGCCGCGUGGUCGCGUUGUUGGAUGACCCGCGCUGCACCUCCUGUGCCAGCGUCCUGGGCAGGGCACAGAGCCUGGAGCUGGGCGCUGACUAUGGCAAGGUGCCGUCGGUGGAGAAGGUUCUGAAGGCGCUGGCUGGGCUGCCCCGAAGUGACUUUGCGGAGAUGAUUCGCCAGGGCAAUGGCACCUUCAACUCCAUCCCGGAGCUGGCUGUGGAGCGCAUGGCGCAGGUCAUCCAAGAUCUGCGGGAUGAGAUGGCACGCACGACCGAGAAGGUCCAGUCCAUCGCCGACAGCUUCCCCCUCCACGACUACACCCGGCCCGUGAGCGAAGCACUGAUGAAGGCAGAGGACCGGAGCCAACCGUACCUGCGGGAGGUGCAGCGCUUCGAGCACUACAGGUGGAUCGCAGGCACGGUGCUGUGCUCCAUCAUCCUCCUCAUCCUCGCCUGCAACGUGGCAGGGAUGGCGCUGGGUGCGUACGGGCUCUCCAAGCGGGAGGACCCGAGCGACUACGAGUGCCGAGGAGAAGCCGGUGCCAAGUUCCUCCUGGUCGGCGUGGGCCUGGCUUUCCUGUUCUCCUGGCUCCUCGUCCUCCUGGUUUUCGCCACCUUCCUGGUCGGGGGCAACAUCCAGACGCUGGUUUGCAGGAACUGGGUCAACCAGGAGAUAUAUAAGUUCAUCGACACCCCCGGGAACCUGCCUCCAUCCAUGAACCUCACCCGCCAGCUCAACCUCAGGCGGGACUCCAACCUCAGCACCACGUACCGGGAGUGCAAGAGCGGUGCAGGGCUGUGGGAGGUGCUGCAUCUCGACAGGGCUUACGACUUGGAUGAGCAUCUAAAAACCCCCAAGGUGAGGGCUGGAUCCAGGCAGAGCUUAUGGGGAUGCCAUGGGGAUGGCACGAGCUUUACUGGGGAUACAGGAGGGAGGUCUGGCUCUCCCAUGCCCGGCUCCAUAACAUCCAUGCCACCACCGCAGUACACGGCUGACUUCCAGAAGCGCCUGGCUGACUUCACAGCGCGCUUGGGUGAUGUGCGGCUCCUCCGCAGCGAGGGCAGGCAGGACCUGGAGACCUUCGCCCGCAGCGGUGUGGAUGAGGUGGACUAUGGGCGCUUCCAGGAGGAGAUGAGGAAGCCGGUGGUGCAGACCAGCAUCCCCGGCUUGGCCAGGAGCCUCGAGGGGCUGCAGAAAAUGCAGAGGAACAGCACGGUGGCGGGGCGCCUGGCUGCCGAGGCUCAGGCCCUAUGGCAGAUGCAGAACUCCACGGUGCAAUCACAGGAGGCCUUGGUGGAGAAGCUGGGAGAGAGCGUCCAGUUCCUGUCCCACUUGGCUCCGCACCUCCAGGAGCGGGUGAGGACCACACUGGCCACCAUAGCCUCGGUGGAAGCCCGGCUGCCUGUGCAAGCCCAGCAGAUCCUCAGGCAGGAGAUCGGCUGCUUCACCAGGAGGGAGCUGCGGUACUUCACACAGUACCUGAACUGGGUCGGGCAGACGCUGAGGGAGGAUGUGGCUUCGUGUCAGCCGCUCGCCACGGCGCUGGACAACGGGCGGGUGAUCCUGUGUGACCGCAUCGCUGACCCCUGGAAUGCCUUCUGGUUCAGCCUGGGAUGCUGCACCUUCUUCCUCAUCCCCAACAUCAUCUUCGCCAUCAGGCUCACCAAACACUUCCGACCCAUCCGCAACCGGCUCAUCUCUACAGGGUCAGAGGAGACCUGUCCCUUCCACAUCCCCCGUGUCACAGCGCUCAAGCUCUAGCCGGGGGCCUGCUGGCUGCAGCAGCAUUCCCUGUGCUCCUGGAGCUCCCAUCAAACCCAUGCUCAAGCACCGAAGAGCUCCAGGUCCCUCCGACGUCUCACAGGGCUCGGGUCCAUCCUGACAUCUCCUCCUCGGUGUCCUUUGGGGUCUGAGCAUCCUUCCCGGGUGCGGGACACUCAUCUCCAUGCUCUGGGGUCUCCUUCUGAUAUCCCUCCCUCGGCCACCUUCGGGGGCUGAGCACCCAGCAGGGAUGCUCCCAGAUGAUCCAGGAAGGCUCCCCACAGCUCCCAGUAACCACUGGUGUACCCCUUGCAGACCCAUGGGGAAGGACACCCGCCCGCUGCCCCA